CUGAUAAAAAAUCAUUCCAUGGACUCAAACACUUUCACUUGGUGAAUUCUGGGGAUAAACACAGUCUUAGUGUGUUUUAAGGUCAGGUAAAUGAAAAAUACUCUCCAGUACAGGAUACAUGCUUAUUCCUUUUCUCAGUUACAUUAUCUGCCUCUUCUAUUCAUAUUCAUAUAUAUUUGACAGUGUUAAUGGAUGAUGAAUUAAAUGUAACAUACGUAACUCUUGGUGGGCAUGUGGAAGUGGACAAAUACAGAUAUCUUUAUUUUGUGAUUAUGUUAACAGUAUAUAUUCUAAUAAUCUGCAGCAAUUCCACUAUUGUGUAUCUCAUCUGGAGUCACCAAAACCUCCAUGAGCCUAUGUACAUUUUCAUUGCAGCUCUGUUAGUCAACUCUAUUCUUUUGAGCACUUCUAUCUACCCAAAGCUUCUGAUUGACUUUUUAUCUGAACAUCAGAUCAUAUCUUAUUCAGCCUGUCUCUUUCAGUUUCAUAUAUUUUAUUCUUUAGGUGGUUCAGAGUUCUUACUGUUGGCAGCCAUGGCCUAUGACAGGUAUGUGUCUAUAUGUAAACCUCUGCAAUAUGCCACUAUCAUGAGAAAAACAACUGUCAGUAUUUUCUUGGUCUUAGCCUGGAUUCUGCCUGCCUCUCAGGUUGCCGUUCCAGCUGGAUUGAGUGCUAAUAGAAAACUCUGUAGCUUCUCUUUAAAAGCAGUUUUUUGUAACAAUACUGUUUAUAAACUUCAAUGUGUGGUCUCAAGAGCACAAAUUAUACAUGAUAUGGUAAUUUUGCUAAAUGUUGCACUUCUCCCUGUGCUUUUUAUUCUUUUUACAUACACCAGGAUUCUUAUAAUAUCCUAUCGAAGUUGUAAAGACGUCAGGAGAAAAGCUGCACAGACCUGUUUACCACAUCUAAUAGUUUUAAUCAACUUCUCCUGCUUGUGUGCAUACGAUGUCAUUACAGUGCAGCUUGAAUCAGAUUUUCCAAAGACUGUACGCUUAAUAAUGACUUUACAAAUAGUCAUGUAUCAUCCUCUCUUUAAUCCAAUCAUGUAUGGACUAAAAAUGAAAGAAAUUUCUAAACACCUCAAGAAGUUGUUCUCUCCAGCCAAAAUGGUCUGAUGUAUUAACACUGCAACAAAUAAUAUAUAUAUAUAAUAUAAUAUAUUCCACUUUUAUUCUGUAAUUUAAUAAUGAAUGAUAUUUCCAAAGUAGUUUGGAAUUUCUAUGACAUGCACAGUAAAUAAUAUUGUCAACUUCAACACUGUAAUAACUGAGAUUAUUUAAAAGCACUUUUAUUCAUCACGUGAAUUGUAAUGUUUUCUGACAUUGUUUGUUAACACAGCAAUUACUAGUUUUAAUUCACACAAAUAUACCUAUAAUUGAUAUGGUCCAUAAACAGAGAUUGGCUCUUUAAUUAAUUGCAGCACAACCAAACUAAGAGCAAUGCCAUUCAUAUUACUGAUAAUGAUGUCUUGAGGUUUAUUGAUUAAGGUCAUAAAGUGUUGAAAACGUCAACAUUAUGAAAUGCACUACUGCUCUGGGUUAAUCUUAUUAUUAACAGCCUUUAAAACAAGACAGUCCUUCCAGGAUUUCACAGGACUUUUUCGGAUUGUUGAGGCCUCUAAUGCCUGAUUUUAUGUUUCUGAAAAAAAUAUUGCAAUGCAUGUUGCAAUGUGUUGAGCCAUUUUGUUGCAAUGCAAUAGCCAGAGGAAGUGAAACUUGCAACACUAGUUGUGAUUUUGAAUUGUUUACAUAUUUAUUUUUAAUUAAUUAAAAAUCAAAGGCAAAAUGUUGCAGUGAGACUAAAAUCUCUAGCAGUUUGACUCAAGGUUGGGGGUAAGGAGGACCGCUAUGAUUGGUGAAACUCGUGGGAAACUACAAUGAUGACAUUAGAAAAGGUGCAGUAAUUGGACACAAUUGCAAGGUGGUGUAGGGUUCACAGGGAUUGGUUUCUGUUUUACAACUUCCUGAAGGGACUGACGAGACACACACAGAUCACUGUGUUUUCUUUUAGAAAUACAUGAAAUUCAUACUCAUGAAAGGUUAAUUUUCUACAUUGUACGUUUCUGCAUCAUUCUGAAACAAAACAAAAAUAAAAUAAAGCAGAGUAAUUUCUUUUAAAGAAUUGUUACAUUAUCAUGUACGUAUCAUGAUGGCCACCUAUCAUGGGUUCAUCUGUAGUGUGCAGCUACAGCACUCAGAAGGAGGCAACACAGACAUAAAGUCACAGAAAGCCAUGACUCUGAAGGAAACAACACCCUGAUGUAUAUAUAUAAAAAAAUAUAUUAUACUUUUAAUAUAGUCGUACAAGCCUAAUACAGAGCCACAGUAUUUAUAUGUCAAAUUUGACAUUCCCCACUCUCCAGCCAAGGAGUGCCUGGCAGCAUGGCCUCUCUGCAGUCAGUGCUGUAGUCAAUCAAAUCAAUCAAACUUUAUUUGUAUUGCACAUUUCAUACAGUUUAGUGCAGUUCAAAGUGCUUCACAGACAACUGACAAGACAAUAAGAAGACAGAAUGUAAUAAAAAUGUAAUAAAGUAGAUUUAAAAUUAGGAUACAAAGAUAGAAAUAAUAAUAAAAUACAUACAAUCAAUUGUACAAGUUUAUUUAAUAUAAGUUAAUAAAAAAUUAUAGAAAGCAGGCAGAAAUGAAAAUUCUCCAACUGAGAGAAUCAGUCGAGGCCAAGACAGAAAAAAACAAGGCUUUAGUCAUUGCUAGUGAGAUAAGUUUUGACAGCCAGCCAUACAAUUGCAAUUGACAAUGAUUGGCCACCUGAAUGGUGGCUGGUAGCCAUGGUUCCCAGUCAAUAUCAAUACCCAUUCUAGGUGGAUUGUGAAUGAAACUAAUACACACUCAUCAAUGGUUUUGUUUUGAAAGAGGAAGUUACUUAAAAAAAAACAUGUAUUGCAUAUAACAUAAGACCAUGUAGAAUAUCUGGUGAGACCAAUGGCCAAGUCCAAGUGCAAAUGCCAAGACAAUAGAAAAGACGUCUUGAGUCCAGACUUUAGUACAGUAUUUCAGUAUUUAAAGACCUGCUGGCUAAUACAGUGCUACACAAUUUAGCCACGAAAGAAGUAGUGUUGGUGUGAAGUAAUGAAGAAAGUCACUGUGACUAUGUUGUAUUUCUUUUAUUCAUGAUAAAAUGACAAAUCCUCUGAUAGAUACAGAUAUGAAAUCAAUGACAUCUUUGUAAAAAGAACAUUAUAGUAGACACAAGGUUCUACAAUGCAGGUGAGGAGUGGCAAGCUUCUGAAAUGGUUGGAGAUUCUACAAAGAGCAAAAACAGCACCAGACUUCCCUCUAGACUAGUCGGGACGGCAACAAUGGAAGUUAUCAAUCAGGAAAGGAUCCUGGAUCUCCUGGCCUCUCCAUCAAUGCGAACGAAGAUGCACAUUCCUCUCACUAAUCUGAUCCACAUUUAUAUGAGCUGUGAAGUUAUGAUGUUUGAAACGCUCACACAGGUUGUCUGUACUUUAAUUCUCUGACCUGACGGACUUUCUAAGGACUCUAUGCCUAUUAGAAGGUAAAUUAAAUUUCUGGAGACAGACACACAGGGGAUGUAGAGGAAGAACGAAAUGGUUAGGGAAGAGUGAGGGGUCCAGACAACGGAGACUGAAGAAGAGGAUAUUUCAGUCGUGUCUACCCUCUCUCAUCAUGGGCAACGUGAGAUUACUGGGAGAUAAAAUGGACGAGCUAACAGCGUUAGCACGGAGUCAGAGGGCGUUCUGGUAGUGUAGUUUAAUGUCAGUACUGCGACAUGGCUACACCAGGACAUACCUGACCUCCAUCGACGGCUUUCAGACUGUUGGCGCCACAGGGAUUGCACAGAGAGCGAUAAGCGUAAAGCAGGCAUGCCUGCUGUUCUAGUUAAUAACAGAUAGAUAGGUAAACAGGUAACCCUCAUUCACAUCGCCAUAUCUUGACCCUCGUAGUAAUCUCAGGUGGCUUCAACCACGUCACCAUGGCACCCUGCAUGUGAGCUGUCAUACUGAAAAGAGAAGACACUGGAACCCCCCAAGGCAUUAUUCAUUAAACUGCUGCUUGAAA